CUCGUUUAGGGUUCACGGUUUUAGAACAGUUUAUAGCCACACUUUCAUGUUUAGUAGUUGACAGAAAUUAACGAGCCAUUUAAGUCGCAAUAGAACCAGGAAACAUACAGGUUCACGCCGUUUACGAGUGUUUUUCAUUUGCGUGAUAUCGGUCGGCUUCCAGUUUGUUUUUACUUUGGACCUCGGUGUGUCAAAUGCUCACAUUGUUUUUUGUAGCUGUCUUCCACUUUUCUGCGUCUGCUUUGAAAGCGAACAGAUACCAUGCCUAUUAAAGAGGAAACUAUAGCCAUUUUAAAGCAGUUUGAUAUUGGAAACAAGUUCUCUUAUCUACCGGUGCUGCCCAAAGCCUCUGUGCUUAUCCCGCUGAUUGUGAAGAAUGGAGAGCUGUACACCUUGAUGACUCUGCGUUCAAAGGAGCUACGGACCAGUGCUGGUGAGGUGUGUUUCCCCGGUGGGAAGAGAGACCCCAGUGACAAGGAUGAUGUGGACACAGCUCUGAGAGAGGCUGAGGAAGAAAUAGGACUGCCACCUAAUGGUGUUCAGGUGGUGUGUAGACUGUUCCCUAUCAUUAACAAGAGUGGUCUGUUGGUGACCCCGGUGGUUGGAUUCAUAGAGGAGUCGUUUUGUCCAUGUCCAAACCCAGCUGAGGUCAGUGCCGUGUUCACAGUCCCUCUGGACUUCUUCACCAGCGAGAAAGACCACUGUGCUGCACAUGGUGCUUCUGGGAUGGUGGGGCUGUUGCACUCAUUUCAUUUUGUGGACCCUGAUUCAGGAAGCGAGUAUCACAUAUGGGGCCUGACUGCCAUGUUGGCCAUACUGGUGGCAGCCGUUGCUCUCAGGAAAAAACCUGAGUUUGACAUUGGUUUUGACUCUGAGGAUCCGUUAUCCUUCUUCCAACAGGUUCUACAUAGAAGAAUUAGUAAACUUUGACAGGGUCCUUUCCUGAUGUUAACAAUACGUUUGGGCCUGUGCAAACUACUGGACACAAGAUUUGUUUUUAACAGCAGUGUAUAAUUUGCUGCAUUAAUCAUUGGGAUACAUGUGCAAUGUGAAACUUGACUUACAUGCAAGGUGUUUUUGAAACCAUUAAUAUAAAAGCUGAUUCACACA